AUGAUAUGGUCGUUCACUUCGCUGACUUUAUGCACUAUGGUAAUGGCCUCAUUUGAGCUAGAAUACUUCGAGUUCUACAACUUUACAAUCUCCCGAGGGAUUGUCGAAUUUCUACAGGUAAACCCUUGGCUUCCAUGCAAAAAAGAAGAUUUUUAACGAAAGUUACUCUAUUUAUAUGUAAAGUAGUAUUCUAGAUGCCAAGCCUGACCUUUUACCUUCAAGUCUCUUCAUUUCUCCUUAUGCAAACCUACAUCAUUGCCACGUAUUUCCGGUUUCUCUUUCGUUUCGCGCAAGGAACAAUGAAUCGCAGGCUGACACAGUUCUUGUCCACUCGAAACGGCAUCUAUAUCAUUUUUUUGAUAUGCCAAAUUACCUAUAUUCCGACGGUCCUGGAUGUGAUUAGAAGUGUGGGUGAUGGCAAAGACUUUCAAGAGCAAUUUCCAAGCAAAAACCUGGCUGUAAAAGAGUAUCUUCAGAGUCACAGUGUCACUGCCAUUCAGGUGAGUUAAUAAAGGAGGAGCUUGCCGUAUAUUAUAUUACUAGUAUUAUUUUCAUAAAGUGCAUAGACUUUUUUUCGCUUUCGUAUCGGCAAAAUCAGUUGCAUUUGAACCUUUUUCCAUGCUUGUCGCGAACGCACCGCGAUGCGGUUUUUGAUGCAACAGAGAGGCUCAUUAUUUUCCCGACAGACUGACGUUUUAUCAGUCUGUCGGGAACGUGCUUCGAAAUCGCCCAUCAUCGUUUUGCGACGGCUGCCGAAGCUGGGGAUUUGGUGCGCGACUUCACCCUUUUUUCGACGAGGCGAGACAUUUUGCCGUUAUUUUCCCGACAGACAGAUACGAAAGCAGCCAAGAUGUUCAAAAAUAUUGGCAUAGUAAUAGAUAGAAUUGCAAGAGAAAAUCUCAGAGUUUCGAAGGCUUUUGAUCCCAAACAGGCCAUUCCUUACAACGUCUACAUCUUUUCAGUCCGGCUCAUUCGUGCGCAACUUUGAGCUCGUCGCGAAUCCCCUCUGCAUAAUCUUCGGAUGUAUCUGCACCUACAAGUCCUACGUGUUCCAACGAAAUCCUUAUCCCAAGAUCAGUGAGAGGACUCGCCAAACAUAUCAUCGUCAAACCAUGGGGCUAUUGUCCGAAGAGUUCUUUGAAUUGGUGUAUUUCUUCGCACCCUACGUCUGCAUCCCUGUUUAUUUGCCAAUCGAAAAGCACCUGAUCGGAUAUUACAUAAUUUAUCGAAUGUUUUACGCGUUCCCCGCGAUCGUAAUGGUCUUCAAUUUGACAUUUUAUAAGGAGUAUUUGGAAGGAGUGAGAGAAACUCUUGGAAUUGUCAAAAACAAGGUUCAAAUUCCGAGCUUGGCAUAA